AUGUUCGUGCCCAGUCUUGCUUCUAAAUUUGUUGUUGGAAAUUCUAAGUUUAAAGAUGUAGAUUCUCCAGGAGUCCAAUCAUAUUUAUUUUCGCAACCCAUGUUCCUUUCGAAGACUCUCGUAAAUGGAGCCUUUAGAGUUUAUACCAGUGCUCGUCGAUCGUUCCAUCUGGGCCAUGAAUACACUCCGCCAGCUCGCUUUAUGAAUCAUCAUGUGAAAUUUACACUGGCACUCUUUAUGACAGCGAUUCAAAUGUCAACUCUUCUGUUAUUAUAUCUCAAUGCUGAUAAAAUUCGACCUCCACCACCUAGAAAACUUAGCGAAGAGGUUGGCCUUAAAAGAAGAACACAGAAAGAUUACUCUCCUGCAGAAGCUGAAGUGAAACGGCGAGCAGAACUAUUCAAAGAUGGCACGAUGUCACUUAAGAAGUUUUAA